AUGGUGAAAGAGGGAAUAGUUCUCGGGCACAAAAUGUCCAGAAGAGGUAUUGGGAUGGACCGAACAAAAAUUUCAACUAUUGAGAAUUUACCACCUCUAGUUUCAGUCAAAGGGGUAAGAAGUUUCCUUGAGCAUGUUGGGUUUUGUAGAAGAUUUAUCAAGGAUUUUUUGAAAGUCUCAAAGCCUCUUUCUUCUUUGUUAAUGAAUGGUGUUACAGUUGGCUUCAAUGAUAAGUGCCUUAAUGCAUUCAAGGUACUUAAGGAGAAGUUAACUUCAACACCAAUUGUUGUUGCACUUAAUUGGGAUAUCCCUUUUGAGCUGAUGUGCGAUGUGAGUGAUUGGGAGCAGUUUUGGGGCAGCGAGCUGACAAGUUUGUUUAAAGAUGCUAAUACUUUAGUGAAGGAUUGUGAUCGCUGUCAACGUACUGGAAACAUAUCAAGAAGGAAUGAAAUGCCACUGAAUGUGAUUUUAGAAGUUGAGCUUUUUGAUGUUUGGGGCAUUGAUUUCAUGGGCCCUUUUCCACUGUCUUACAACAAUCAAUUUAUCUUGCUAGCGGUUGAUUAUGUAUCUAAGUGGGUUGAGGUGGCAACAACUCAAGCUAAUGGUGAUAAAGUGGUCUUCAACUUUUUGCACAAGCACAUAUUCACCUGGUUUGGUACUCCCCUUGCUAUCAUUAGUGAUGAAGGGUGUCAUUUUUGUAACAAGCAACUUGAUGCUCUUCUUGCUCGAUAUGGAGUCUAUUUGCGAACUACUUUGCCAUACCACCCUCAAUCAAAUGGUCAAGAGGAAAUUUUGAAUUGA